GAAGGAAAAAGCGGUAUUCCAAGAAAAGAGCGGUAUUCAUUGAUUGGAUUCAUUGCAUUUGGGUUGGGUUGGCUCUCUUGUCAAAAACUAACGUACCUGGAAUAACCUAUUAUUAUUUCCUUCCAGAAACUUCAAAAUAUAUAUAGCAAAACAGAUUCAGUAGAAAGAAACUCAACAACUUCUCCUCCUCCUUCCUCAAUCACACACAGACCUCCUUCUCCAUUCCAUUUUUGCCCACCUUUCUGGGUUCCAUUUUUUCAAUCAAUUGUUUCUUCUUCUUCUUCUACAAAUUUCAACAAGAAAUUCAAAUCUGGUGAUGCAAAGUACUAUUGAAGCUCUUAAUUUCUUCGUUUUGUUUGCUCUUUUCUUCGUUACAUUCAUUUUUCUAUCUUCAUCAUCAUCAUCAUCAUCAUGCCUACUCUCGUCAAUUACAGUGGAGAAGAUGAAUUCUUCACAGGAACACCAUUUGUAUACUACCCACCAAGUAAGAGGUCAAGAAUCAGUGCUCCAUUUGUAUUCAGUGGAGAAGAGUUUGUUCAGAAGAAACAACACCAACAGCCAUCUAUUGAUAUUCUACCUGACGAGUGUUUAUUUGAGAUCUUCAGAAGGUUACCUGCUGGAGGUGAAGAGAAAAGCUCAUGUGCUUCAGUUACUAAGAGAUGGCUUAACCUUUUGAGUACUAUUCGCGGAGAGGAAUCAAUUGAAGUGGUUUCUGAAGAUGUUGAGAGUAAUGAUGGAUAUCUUACUAGGUGUUUGGAAGGGAAGAAAGCUACAGACAACAGACUAGCUGCAAUUGCUGUUGGAAAUGGUAACCGUGGUGGUUUGGGUAAGCUUAUGAUCCGUGGGAGCAACGCAGUUCGCGGUGUUACUGAUGCUGGUAUGUCAUCAAUUGCUCGUGGAUGCCCUUCUUUGAGAGUGCUUUCAGUAUGGAAUGUUUCUACUAUUGGGGAUGAAGGUGUAACUGAGAUUGCUAAAGGUUGCCGUAUGUUGGAAACACUCGACCUUUGCGAGUGUCCUUCGGUUUCUGAUAAGGCUUUGAUUGCUAUUGCUGAGAACUGCCAUAACUUGAAUUCAUUGAGUUUGGAAUCAUGUUCAAGAAUUGGGAAUGAUGGUCUACAGGCAAUUGCAAGAUGCUGCCCAAAACUACAAUCCAUUACAAUCAAAGAUUGCCCAAUGGUUGGGGACCAAGGAAUUUCAAGUUUGAUAUCUUCUUCCCAAGCUUUGAUGAAGUUGAAGCUCCAGAAUUUGAACAUCACUGAUGUCUCCCUCGCCGUUGUCGGUCAUUAUGGCAGAAAUGUUACAGAUCUUGUUCUUACUGGUCUACAAAGUGUUAGUGAAAGAGGCUUUUGGGUCAUGGGUAAUGCUCAAGGACUGCAGAAGUUGAAUAUGUUUGCAAUUACCUCUUGCCGAGGGGUUACUGAUCUUGCUCUUGAGGCGGUUGCAAAGGGUUGUCCCAAUUUGAAGAAUUUGUUUCUCUGCAAGUGUUCGUUUGUUUCAGACAAUGGAUUGGUAGCUUUCACCAAGAACUCUGCAUCUAUUGAAAGCCUCCAGCUAGAGGAGUGCAACAGGAUUUCGCAAUACGGGGUUCUUGCUGCCAUCUCUAACUGCGGUUUGAAACUGAAGGCACUUUCCCUUGUUAAGUGUAUGGGUAUUAAGGAUAUAGUUUCAGAAUUGGAUUUCGUCACUCCCUGCAAAUCUCUACGGUCUCUUACCAUUCGCAACUGCCCCGGUUUCGGCAGUAUUAGCUUGGCUGUGGUGGGAAGGCUAUGCCCACAAUUACAACACAUCGAUCUCAGUGGUCUUUCCGGAGUUACUGAUGCUGGAUUUCUCUCAGUGGUUGAGAACUGUGAGGCCGGUUUAGUGAAGGUUAAUCUAAGUGGAUGCAUUAAUAUCACAGAUGCUUCAGUUACUUCCUUGGCUAGGCUUCAUGGAGAGACCCUCCAAUUGCUAAACCUUGGGGAGUGCAGUAAGGUUACCGAUGAAAGUUUAGCCUCAAUUGCAGUAAACUGCAGCAUGCUUAAAGAACUUGAUGUUUCAAGGUGUGCCGUUACAGACUUCGCAAUUGCUUCACUUUCUUGUUCAAAGAAGCUCGAAUUGGAGAUCCUGUCUUUGUUCGGUUGCUCACAAGUAUCAGACAAGAGCUUGCCAUAUCUUGCUGACAUGGGUCAAACCUUGGUUGGAUUAAAUCUACGAUACUGCAAUUCGAUCAGCAGCAGUGCUAUUGAGCUACUUGUGGAGCGUCUUUGGAGAUGCGAUAUCCUUUCCUGAUUAGGGGGAGGAAAAACUGAGAUCCGAUUAAGUAUGUGCAUAUAAUGACUCGGGCAGGGUUUCGGACCUUGAACAUCAUUCUACUGAUAGCCGUAGCAGCAACACUAUAGCCAGCUAAUAGUCAGCUUUUGGAUAUUAGACGUAGUUUUUCUUCCCUACUCGUGCCAGUGCUUGGUUAUUUCCACGGAGUUUCGGUCAAUCACUUCGCCAUUUUUUGCGGCUUUCUUCCUAUGAUGGGAAGCUGUUGUUCGGGGAAGUUUUUUUUUUGGGUACCCUUCAUUGGGCAACCUCUUCAUGGCCAUUACUCAUUGAGAUUACCUAGUCUGGUUAUAGGGUUUCGUCGAGCUUUCUCAUUUUCAGCCUUUGUUUUGGGUUCUACUGGUUCAGUAUGCCUAGUGAGCUUAGCCUCUACUUUUCGGCUAACGCUGUUGUCCUUGGUCGAGUAUUGUGUUCUUGUUGUCGCCGCCGUUGUUGCAUUUUUAAGUUUAGUGUCUGAGAUUCAUGGGCUUUGGCAAUGGCAUGUCUGCCAUCACAACCCUUGUGGGUUUUUUUUUUUACCAAGCUCUGGAUUCACUGGCUUCUAUAUUAAUCUGUAUUCGGCAACUUCAUAAUGGAAUGCAAUACUGGAUUUGUGCUGUCAAGA